AUGACCUACCAAAAAGUUGACUACCGGGUCGUCACCCAUAAUGCUUGUUUGCUCAAAUUGGUGCGACUACUAGCAAAAACAGCGGGUCGCGAUAAGAUCUUCCGUUGUAUCCAAUACCUUUCCCGCUUCUUGGCCUACUAUUUCUCCACCAUCGGGUUACUCGACCAUUCCCGGCUUUCUAAAUCGGUAUCUGGUGAUUUAUCAUUUAUCCGCAAAGCAUUCCGUUUCCUUAAACCUUUGGAGCAUUUGGUGAGUCUCGGAAAAGUCCUUGAUGCUGCUACGUCUGUUGAUCCGAUCUCCCGCACGGUGUCUGCUUUUCGAGAUUCCACCUUCAUUGCGUAUUUAUUCUUUGACCAGGUGAUGUUCUUCAAGACUUUGAAACUUAUCGAUGGUAAAUCGUUUCCUAAUGCCGCAAUCCUCUCUGGUCGUCUAUGGGCAUUAGCCAUCGGGUUGGGAAUUGUCAACGAUGUGAAAAAUUGGUACGAUGCCAGUAGUCAUUUGCGACAACUUGAAACUCAUAAGGACGGGAAAAAUGCAGAGAUAACUCACGCAAUUAAAAGCAAAAAAUACGCGGCCAAAAGAAAACUUUUAUGGGACUCGUUGGAUCUCUUUGUCGCUUUGAACUCGGGUAAAUUAUUACAUUCAAAUGAGGGAAAAAUUGCCCUUGCGGGUACAGCGACCUCGGUAAUGGGUUUACAAGAUGUCUGGAAUGCUGCUUAA